UUUUUUUUAUCUUUUUAUAAUUUAAAAUGAUUGGACCAACGAUCCCUGACCAUCUUUUAAAAAAGAGACAUCAUAACGAAGCAGAAAUUCCAAUUUCACUUUCUGGGGAUGAAGAUACAGAUCCAAUGAUGGGUCCACAACUACCUACUGAUUCAUUAAAAAACAAGCAAGUAGAAACUAUGAAUAAUACUGAUGAAAUCAACCAUUCUAAAGACGAACAAGAUACAGAUCAAUCAAUUGGUCCGCAAAUACCUAUAGAGUUAUUAGCCAAGAGACAAACUACUCAUAAUGCUGACGAAAUCAGUAUUUCGGAUGACGACAUUGAAUUUCAAACUGAUCAACACAGUAUUGAAGAUAAAAAGAAAGUCGUUGAACAGCAAAUGAGUUCAGUAGAGAAGAUAGAAACAGUUGGACCCCACAUUCCACAAGAUAUCUUAAACAAAAGCAAAAUGGAAAAUAGAAACAGUGAUGAAGAAGCAGAAACAGAUUCUGAUGAUUAUGCACCAGCAUUACCACCUGAUUUGCUUGAAGAACGUCGCAAACAACAGCAACAGCAACAGCAGCCUACAUCCAGAAGACGUAGACCCGUAGGACCAAGUCUUCCUCCUUCUACAAGCUUUUCUGCCCUGCAAGACAAUGACGACGAUUUUGUCAUAGGUCCAACAUUACCAAGGAAUUAUAACCCAGAAGAAGAAUCAAAAUAUUCUGCUAUUCAAGCUAUUGAAGAACGUGCACGUCAAAGUAAAGAAGCCUUAGAAGCAAAAAAAGAAGCAGAAAGUUCGACUAAAAUAGAAAGACCUGAGUGGAUGUUAGUUCCUCCUGAAGUUGACUAUCUUAAAAAUGCAAAUUCAUUAAGAUCAAGACAAUUUUCAAAUAAGUCAGUGUCUCAAAUUGACAAUAGUAGUUGGACAGAGACACCUAGUGAUAGACAGAAUUCAUUAAAUGGACAAGGCUCAGGGAAAACAAAAAAGCCACAAACAGAAGAGAGCUAUGUGAAUAGACAAGCAGAGAUGGAAAUGAGAAGAAACAUUGAAGCCUAUAACAAACAUGAAAGACCUAUGUCUUUAUUAGAGAUGCAUCAACUAAAAAAGAGGAAGAAAGUAUCUUCAGCUGACGAUGUUAGAAAUCGACCUUUUGAUCGAGAAAAGGAUCUUUUAGGGAGUCGAAAAUUGGACAGAAAGCAGAAGAAAGAAUUAUUUAAACAAACAACUCAACUUGGUCAGAAUUUUGGUUAUGGAAGUAAAUCAUUCUUGUAAAUAAGUCAACAAUAAUAGUAGCUUAUAUGCCGUCCAUAAAGUAAAUACUUUACAUCUAUGUGUUUUUAAACAUAAUUCCAAGCUAUAAUAAUAAAUAAUAUGGUUAUGGUAUUUAUACAAAUGAAUAUCAAUAUUCAAAGUGUAAUAUGUCCGGAUAUGUGACCUAGAUUAUUUCACUGUGGAUUAAUAGUGUAUUGUAUUUGAUAUACUGCCAAUAUAUUUAUAAGAAAGAAAUAACGGUAUUACUGCAUAUAUGUUAAUAUACAGAUAAUGUAAAUUUAUUCAAAUUGUUCAC